CCUCCUCCUCCUCCUUCUCCCGCUCCCUCCUCCGCGGGGCCGCACCGCCCGGGCCGGAGCCUUGCGCUCGGGGAAGCUGGCGCGCUGAGACAUCCCGCUCUCCCUCCUCCUCCUCCUCCUGCUCCUCGUCGUCGUCCUGAUCGUUUCCUCCUCCCUCCGGGCCGCCCUUCUGCCUCCCCCGGCCCGCGAGGCCUGCCUCCGGUUCGCAGAGAGGAGAGAUGAUGCAGGACAUGUCCAGCUCGCCAGUGUCGCCGGCCGACGACAGCCUGAGUAACAGCGAGGAGGAGCCCGACCGGCAGCAGCCGCCGAGCGGCAAGCGCGGGGCUCGCAAGCGGCGCAGCAGUCGGCGCAGCGCGGGCGGAGGCGCGGGGCCCGGCGGCGGGGCUGCGGGCGGCGGCGGCGGCGGCGUCGGAGGAGGAGGAGGUGGAGGAGGAGGAGGCGGCGGCGGCGGCAGCGAGGAGCCGGGCAGUCCGGCCCAGGGCAAGCGCGGCAAGAAGUCCGCGGGCUGCGGCGGCGGCGGCGGCGGCGGAGGAGGAGGAGGAGGAGGCGCGGGCGGCGGCGGCGGAGGCGGCGGCAGCAGCGGCGGCGGGAGCCCGCAGUCGUACGAGGAGCUGCAGACGCAGCGGGUCAUGGCCAACGUGCGCGAGCGCCAGCGCACGCAGUCGCUGAACGAGGCGUUCGCCGCGCUGCGCAAGAUCAUCCCCACGCUGCCCUCGGACAAGCUGAGCAAGAUUCAGACCCUCAAGCUGGCCGCCAGGUACAUCGACUUCCUGUACCAGGUCCUGCAGAGCGACGAGCUGGACUCCAAGAUGGCAAGCUGCAGCUAUGUAGCCCACGAGAGGCUCAGCUACGCCUUCUCCGUCUGGAGGAUGGAGGGGGCCUGGUCCAUGUCCGCGUCCCACUAGCAGGCGGAAGCUCCCCACCUCCUCGACAGGGCCGGAGACCUAGAUGUCAUUGUUUCCAGAGAAGGAGAAAUGGACAGUCUAGAGACUCUGGAGUUGGAUAACUAAAAAAUAAAUCUAUAUGCCAAAGAUUUUCUUGGAAAUUAGAAGAGCAGAACCCAAAAUCAAAAGAAACAGGGCGUGGGGCGCACUUUUAAAAGAGAAAGCCAGACAGGCCCGUGGACACGGUUCCCAGAAGGGCAGCGGUACCGUCCUCACACCUCAGCAUUCUGACAGAAGUCUGAACCAUUGUUUGUGUUCCUUUUUUAUUUUUUAUUUUUGACGAAGAAUGUUUUUAUUUUUAUUUUUCAUGCAUGCAUUCUCAAGAGGUCGUGCCAAACAGCCACGGAAAGGAAAGGUAUCAUGAUGGACUUUCUCCAUUUUAAAAUGGUAACGAUCAAAGGAACUUUAAGAACACCUUUAAAAAUAAAACGCUGGGAUCAAACUGGCCUGCAAAACCAUAGUCAGUUAAUUCCCUUUUUGAUACUUUCUCUGAGGGAAAAGAAAAACUUAAAAUACAAAAAAAAAAAAUCACAAAAACAACAUUCUAUUUAUUUAU